UUUCUAAAAAUCCUCUCCAAAACUGUAGGCACGCCCAUUGAACCUUUGGGUACAGUUCCUAGUCUUAAUAUUGGAAGCAAUAAGGUCGUUGUAGCGCGUAAAAGAAAGGCAGGCACAGGAGAAAUUCCCAUAUUCCCUGUUGGUCCCUGCUCUUCUCUUGGCAUCCUCUCCUCUCAGCCAUUUCAACAUUUUCAGGAGGAAAAAAGGACAAGGAAAACAAAGGAUCCAAGAGUAAACAAGUAAUCAUAUAUAAUCAUCACCCAACAAUCUGGGACCACAGAGCUUGUGAAACAAAUCACCAAUACUGAAUAACAUGGUGGACUUGAACAAGCAACCGAGUUCGGAUGGAGAGUCGAACCCUGAACCCAUACGUAACAGCAGCAAUGCUAACAUUACUAAUAGUUAUGGUCCUUCUUCCUCUAAUGGGCUUGUGAGACCAGCCGAUCCCUCAGAGAGAUACAAAAAGGGUAUCACUUUGGGACAGGGUACAUAUGGUACUGUCUACAAGGCCUUUGAUACUCUGACAAACAAAACUGUUGCAGUGAAGAAAAUCCAUCUUGGGGAUGCCAAGGAAGGAGUUCAUGUGACUGCCUUGCGAGAAAUAAAAUUGUUGAAGGAGCUAAAGGAUCCAAACAUAAUACAGCUGAUAGAUGCUUAUCCGCACAAACGGAAUUUACAUAUUGUUUUUGAGUUUAUGGAGAGUGAUCUUGAGACAGUCAUAAAAGACCGAAACAUACAUCUCUCUCCAGCUGAUAUAAAAUCAUAUAUGCAGAUGACAUUAAAAGGCCUUGCUGUUUGCCAUAGAAAGUGGGUUUUACACAGGGAUAUGAAACCAAACAACUUGUUGAUAGCACCUGAUGGCCAACUAAAGUUAGGUGACUUUGGACUUGCCCGUUUAUUUGGUAGUCCAAAUCGCAGAUUUACUCAUCAGGUUUUUGCAUUAUGGUACAGGGCACCUGAACUAUUAUAUGGAGCAAAGCAUUAUGGUUCUGGUGUAGAUAUCUGGGCAGCUGGCUGUAUCUUUGCAGAACUUAUACUCCGUAGACCAUUUCUUCAGGGUAAUGGUGAUCUUGACCAGCUAGGUAAGAUUUUUGCAGCCUUUGGAACUCCUAAACCAUCACAAUGGCCGGACGUGCAUGCUCUUCCAGAUUUUGUUGAAUUCCAACAGGUUCCUGCACAACCUCUACGUUCCUUAUUUCCUAUGGCCACUGAAGAUGCCUUGGACCUGUUGUCAAAGAUGUUUGCCUUCGAUCCAAAACAGAGGAUUUCUGCGCAGCAAGCAUUAGAGCACAGAUAUUUUUCUUCAGCACCAGUUUCCACAAGACCUGAUUUGCUUCCAAAGCCAUCCAAGGCUGUAAACCAAUCUAUGCCUCCAGUGCCGGCAUCUCCUAAUGCUCCGGUAUUGCUUUCUCCUUCUAAGGUAAGACGAGUUAUGCUCUUUCCAGGAGAGUCGACUGGAAAAGAGUCAAUGCAAAUUUCUGAAUCUGCAAGUGGAGCAACAACAAAUCCAUUUGACAUACCAGCAGAUAAACUUCGUGAAGCGUACCCUCCCAAGUCAAGAAUAACCGAGUCUGGUAAGAAACAUUUAAAGAGGAAAACAAUGGAUGUGGCUGCUGCAUUGGAUGAGUGUGCACGAGAGAAUGAAAGUGGAUUCGAUUUGGAUCCACAUCCACAUAGUACCAAAAGAGGGAGGUAUUCAUAACUGUCAGUUGAUUUGUUGUUGGACAGAGAACAAGUUCUACGCCACCUUUUUCAUGAGGAUAUCUGAGAUCCCAAUGUGAGAUUGACCCAAAUCCAAUCUAAUCAUGUAUAUUAUCUUAAAUUACAAGCACCUUUAACCUUUUAUAAGUGGGGGCGAGAAAUGAUGAAUGUAAUCCAUUGCGUUGGACUUUUCAUCCGCAAAUCUCUGUUCAAGAGUUUUUGAAGCAUGCAAUACCUUGUAAGUCAUCUUGUCUUACAAUUUUUUAGGAUUAAUCCGAUCACAACACAGUUGUGAAUUUAUGUCAAAAUUACAAGAGAAGGGGACGUGCUUAGCAUAGAAUUAUAAGCGUUUGUUAGAAGGGCAAAGGAUAGUGAUUGUAAUCCACCGGUUUGGGCUUUUCACCUUCCAGCCUCUCUCAUUAGAAAGGCUUCUGGACCAUGUAAUUUUGGAAAGUGGAAAAGUAAAAUAAUAAACAGAGCUCAUUAGUUGAAUGACAAUUGAAAUAACAAUUUUCCAUCUUA